AUGCGAGCACCAUCGACUCCACUGCUGGCCCCGCUGCAGCGGAACCAGCGGCACUUCCUUCUUGCUGUCAUCGCACUUCUCGUGAACUUGUUUCUUGCUUCCUCACUGACACUCGCAGCGACACCAGCGCAAGGCAAGUCAAUUCGUCCGUUGCACGGGGCCGGCUAUGAGCACCUGGACUGCUCCGCCUGUAUCACCGUUGCACGCACGUUGUUUAACCGCCUCAACAAGACGCUGGCGGAGAACCCCUCCACUUAUCUCGUCUCGCACCGGCUCAGCAAACAAAAUCAGCUGCGUCGGCGUCAAUACCGCAGCAGCGAGCUACUUGUGAGCGAGGUGAUGGAGAAUAUGUGCGCCACCUAUCAGAACGACAAUCGCUUGUUGCGGUUGCACCCAAAGUCGAAGGUACGCCUGUAUCACCAGCAGAUCUUCGGCGAUGCCCGUCUCGGAGUGCGGCACGCGCUGCGUGAGGAUGAGGUGUACCCGGCCGACGCUGAUCCGGCAGCAUGGGACAACAAGCUGGAUGGGCACCUAUACCCCAUUGCGCGGCUGUACAGCGUGAGGGAUGCUGAUGCGUUACACGGAAUGCAGAGCCUGUCUGCGACGCCCACUAUGUGCGCGCUGCUGGUGGAAGAGGCCGAGGAGGAAAUAGAGGAGCUUGUCAAGACUGCGCGCACUCAAGCAGAGGUGGAGUACCGGCUGUGCGGUAUGGCAUUUCCACUGAACAAGUCCUUUCCAACGUUAGACGGCGAGACCAAGGAGAACGAGGUGAGUUCAGCUCCUCCCAUUACCAACGUGUGCGCCGAUGUGGAGGUGCUGCGAGCUGCUGCUCGACGGGACCAGGAGAGGUGGGAGCAGUAUCAACGCCGCGAAGCAAAAAGGAAGGUAGAGAUUGCCCAGAGGAUGGAGACUGCAGCGGAUGUUGCUGGUGCUGCGACGAGUGAGCUUGCGUCGGAGGCAUCAACAAACACUGAGGUGGCAGCGGCUUUGGAUCGCUCGACUCCCGCUGCUGCAGGCAAGUCAGUGGACUCGUCUACAGAAAAGGCGACUAACAACCCUGUCGGUGGAGGUGAUAAGGAGGUCUCCGAUAAUUACACUGAUGGCGAGCUUUGA